GGCGCCGCUUGGGUGCUACUGCGCAUGUGCAGGCGCCGGCGGACCAGUCGCCGAACCUUCACGGUCGCCGCCUCCGCCGAGGUCGGCCCUGGAUUUGAGUCUCGCGCUCUCUUCGUUCGCUUACCGGCGGGUCUCCUCCCCUUCUCGCGCCCUGGGACGGCGAGGCUGGGGAAGGAGUUGAAAGGGCUGUUGAUCCCCGCCUUUAACUUGUGCGUGGGGCGGCCAUGUCGGCCGGCGAGGUGGAGCGCCUGGUGGAGCUGAGCGGCGGGACCGGAGGGGAUGAGGAGGAAGAGUGGCUGUAUGGCGGCCCGUGGGACGUGCAUGUGCACAGUGAUUUGGCAAAGGACCUAGAUGAGAAUGAAGUUGAAAGGCCAGAAGAAGAAAAUGCCAGUGCCAAUCCUCCGUCUGGAGUAGAAGAGGAAGCUGCUGAAAAUGGCGUGGCGAAACCGAAAGUGACAGAGACUGAAGACGACAGUGAUAGUGACAGUGACGAUGAUGAAGAUGACGUUCACGUCACUAUAGGAGACAUCAAAACAGGAGCACCGCAGUAUGGGAGUUAUGGGACAGCACCAGUAAAUCUUAAUAUCAAGGCAGGGGGAAGAGUUUAUGGAAAUACAGGAACCAAAGUCAAAGGCGUAGACCUUGAUGCACCUGGCAGCAUUAAUGGAGUUCCACUCUUGGAAGUAGAUUUGGAUUCUUUUGAAGAUAAACCAUGGCGGAAACCUGGUGCUGAUCUUUCAGAUUAUUUUAAUUACGGCUUUAAUGAAGAUACUUGGAAAGCUUACUGUGAAAAACAAAAGAGGAUACGAAUGGGACUGGAAGUUAUACCCGUUACUUCAACCACAAACAAGAUCACGGCCGAAGACUGUACUGUGGAAGUUACACCAGGUGCAGAGAUCCAAGAUGGCAGAUUCAAUCUUUUUAAGGUACAGCAAGGGAGAACUGGAAAUUCAGAGAAAGAAGCAGCACUUCCAUCUACAAAAGCUGAGUUUACUUCUCCGCCAUCAUUGUUCAAGACUGGCCUACCACCAAGCAGAAACAGCACCUCUUCUCAGUCUCAGACAAGUACUGCCUCCAGAAAAGCCAGUUCAAGCGUUGGGAAGUGGCAGGACCGAUAUGGGAGGGCCGAGUCACCCGACCUAAGGCGAUUACCUGGAGCAAUUGAUGUCAUUGGUCAAACAAUAACCAUCAGCCGAGUAGAAGGAAGACGGCGUGCAAAUGAGAACAGCAAUAUACAGGUCCUUUCUGACAGAUCUGCCACCGAAGUAGACAACAAUUUCAGCAAACCACCUCCAUUUUUCCCUCCAGGGGCUCCUCCUACUCACCUCCCUCCUCCUCCAUUCCUCCCACCUCCUCCAACUGUCAGCACCGCCCCGCCUCUCAUUCCACCACCAGGUAUUCCAAUAACUGUACCACCUCCAGGUUUCCCCCCUCCACCAGGCGCUCCACCUCCAUCUCUUAUACCAACUAUAGAAAGUGGCCAUUCCUCUGGUUAUGACAGCCGUUCUGCACGAGCAUUUCCAUACGGCAAUGUUGCCUUUCCCCACCUCACCAGUUCCGCUCCUUCGUGGCCAAGCCUUGUGGACACCACCAAGCAGUGGGACUAUUACGCACGGAGAGAAAAAGACCGGGACCGAGACCGGGACAGAGAGCGAGACCGAGAGCGAGAGCGCGACCGGGACAGAGAGCGGGAGCGCACACGCGAGCGGGAGCGCGAGCGCGACCACAGCCCCACCCCAAGCGUCUUCAACAGUGAUGAAGAGCGAUACAGAUACCGGGAAUAUGCAGAGAGAGGCUACGAGCGCCACAGAGCUAGUCGGGAGAAGGAAGAGCGGCACAGAGAGCGGCGGCACAGAGAGAAGGAGGAGACCAGACACAAGUCCUCUCGCAGUAAUAGUAGGCGUCGCCAUGAAAGUGAAGAAGGGGACAGUCACAGAAGACACAAGCACAAAAAGUCUAAAAGAAGCAAAGAAGGAAAAGAGGCUGGCAGCGAGCCUGUCCCGGAACAGGAGAGCACCGAAGCCACCCCUGCCGAGUAGGCUCACCGCUUGUGGACGUCAGUCAGCCCAGGAAUAGAUGCUAUAAAUCUCCUUAUUUUUCUGGAUAAUGUUUAAGAAAUAUACCUUUAAUCUUGUUCUGUUAGAAUGAAACGUUAACUUUUUCUUUUCCAAAAUAAAAGUGUGCAUUUUUUGUGUUAAGUUAAAAA